GUGAGGUGCGAUGGCAUCUCACUUGUGCGAUCGCCUCUGCCUGAUUGACAGGCAGAGGCGGUCGCGGGGCGAGAGGGGGUGUUGCAGCAUUGUUGGGGGGAGGGUUGCGGUCCGGACAACAUAGGCGAGUCCCUGUACUGUUGCCUAGGGGCGGGUCACAGCGGCUGCAUGACAUCACACGCAGCCGCUGCAACCUGAAACAUGGCGGGUAGCCGUCUGCCUUCACCUAGGCUGCGUAGACAGAGGGCUACUCAAAACAUGUAAAAGCAUCGCUACCGUGCGAUGCUUUCACAUGUCUGCGGGGGGAGUGGGGGGAGGGGUCUGGAUUCGGCAAGCGGGCCAGACAUGCCCUGUGCUGGGCGUCCCCCCGCAUGUCUACGAAUUAGAUUGUGGAUGUGCGUUUUUCCGCACAUCUACGAUCAGGUCUGACUUACCCCCAUUGUUUUUUCAUAAAAAUUUUUUGUACGGUGGCGUGGCCACGUCUCCUCAAACAGACUACACUCCCACAGUAACCAGCCCUGCCCCGCUCUCCACGGCACUGAAGUUUCCGAUAUAAUUAUGCUGGCAAGAAGUAACUCGUCUGUCGUCAACCAAAACUCAAUGGAUGUAUUUGUCGGCAAAGGUGACUGGUCGCUACAAGCUGUCACAGUGUAUAAUACGAUGUAUGCGGCAGAUGGAGUUGCAUACAGCCAAGUCAUUUACAGUAUGUACGUUAAAAGAGCCCCUAUUGUGUACGUCAUUAACCUCAUCAUCCCAGCGUGCUUCCUGGUUUUCCUGGAUAUCGCCAGUAUGUUCAUCCAGAGUUACAGCGAAAGACUCGGCUUCAAAAUCACCAUUGUUUUGGGGUUCUCCGUGCUUCUGUUGAUUUUGAACGAUAUGCUCCCCAGUUCCGAUCACACUCCAAUGUUAGGUAUUUUCUGUUGCAUCUGUAUGACGAUGAUGGUUCUCAGUAUAAUUGGGACAAUCUUUGCCUCCUUCAUGCUGGAACAGUCCACCACCAAUUCUUCGGUCCCACCGUGGCUUAGGACACUGGUCCUGAAGCAUCUGGCGUAUGUGGUGUGUUUCCGGAAAGAUGCCUCCAGUGAUGAUCUGGUGACAUUAGUAAUGGCAGACAAAGAUCCUGAUAGUGAUAAGAAAAUGGAGAGGCAGGAAGAGAAGGUGAGGACGGUGGAGAUGGAUGUGGACGUUAACAAGGAGGUUAAGCUGCUGAAAAGACUGUUGCUGGAAAUUCUGAAGAUCCACAAGGAAUUGACGCUUGCUAGGAAUAAGACGGAGGCCGUAACAGAUUGGACAAUGGUGGCGCAGAUAAUGGACCGACUAAUGCUUUAUUUAUAUCUUAUUACUGUCUUUUUAAUAUUUGUCAUUAUGAUCUGCGUUUGGGCCAUAUGAGACGCUUUUGCCCUAUUGUGCUCUGGGACUGGACUAACAGCUGCUUAGGCAAUGCAUGGCCGGCUCUACUCUUAGGCAGCUGCCUAGGGCGCUGGGACCUGGGGGGGGGGGGGGCCCACAGAGUCUGC